UUUACCAGCCGACUAAACUUGUUCUAUCUGUGCCCUAGCUAGUAUUGCUGGAACUCGACCAAGCCGCCGACGAUCGGUGACCGGCGACAGAGAUCCUUAGGCUGGUGCUACUUGGAACGCCAUGUCCGAGACCAGUAGAUUCCGGAGUUUGGAAGGCGGUCAUGGAGCUCUCAAGGGAGCCCAAACUGCUUGGGAUAUGCUUUCAGAGGAGCAAAUGCAGAAACAUUUUACCACAGGUUGCGAGGAACUUGAUGCCAUACUCGGAGGUGGAAUACAUUGCAAAGAAGUUACUGAAGUUGGAGGAGUUCCAGGAAUUGGUAAAACACAACUCGGGAUUCAACUGGCAGUUAAUGUCCAAAUUCCAGUCGAAUGUGGCGGCCUUGGUGGGAAGGCAAUUUAUAUAGAUACAGAAGGCAGUUUCAUGGUUGAACGUGCUCACCAAAUUGCUGAAGGAUGCAUUAGUGAUCUGUUGGAUAACACUGCACAUCGGCUGAAGGACUUUCCAGCUUGCCCAGAGAUAUUGCAGCCCAACAGCUUCCUAGCUAAUAUCUUUUACUUCCGCAUCUGCAGUUAUACCGAGCAAAUUGCGACCAUAAAUUACUUGGAGAAGUUUCUCGAAGAACAGAAAGAUGUGAAGAUAAUUGUUGUUGAUAGCAUCACUUUUCAUUUUCGCCAAGAUUUUGAUGACUUGGCUCUAAGAACUAGAGUCCUUGGCGGGAUGUCAUUGAAACUGAUGAGAUUCGCAAAAAAAUAUAGCUUGGCUGUUGUUUUACUGAAUCAAGUAACGACGAAGUUUGUGGAGGGUUCAUUUCACCUAACUCUUGCCCUUGGUGAUACUUGGUCUCAUGCAUGCACAAACCGUAUCAUUUUGUACUGGAACGGGAACGAACGACAUGCCUACAUCGAUAAGUCCCCAUCGCUUCGAUCUGCCACCGCACCCUUCUUGAUCACAGGCAAAGCUGCGGGCUUCCUGGCUCCCUUGGUGGCCUUGAACUCCAUCUUGUACAGCGGAAGCAAAUCGUCGUCUUCAUCGUCUUCUGUAAGAGGCACAGAAUGCACACGUAUAAGCAAGCAGAGAAGACAACCAGUAUCGCGUGGGUUAUAAGCAAAGAACCGCACCCGGUGGCUCAUCAUCAGACUCGUAACCGUGCCAUUGGUUGAAUGUCCUCGGGGGAGUUCUUGCAUGGCACGCUUGCCUCUUGGCAACGCGAGAACCAUCAGGUACCGGGCUGAGAGGAGACGCAUUGUUGCAUGGACCGGCAUCCUCGUUUCUCUCAGGGGUUCCUCUUGAACUGCUGCAAGCAUUCGCAGAACCCGAAGACGAAGCACUGUAUCUUUCUGCGUGUUCCAAAACAGAUGCUGGGGAAGUACCAGUUGCGGCCUGCACAUCGAGUGCCUUCUCUUCCUCCAUGAAGUUUGAGAACCAGCAUGAUGAGCCUCGCCUUACGUAGAAGAAAACAUAAGCCUGUUGCUCUAACGCAUCGCUUUCAGAAACACUGACCACCUGGAAGAUAACAUCAUCAAAGAGUCAUCAGAGGCACAACAAUCAUGAAUGCCGAGAGAGGUAGAUGAGUAAGUUCUUCGACCGUGCCUGCGAGUCAUCGAUCUGAUGCCAUGUACUUGGAGUGGAACGGAUGUAGCAGAAGUAAUGGCCAGAAAGUGCGGAACCAACGUGUACCAGAACAGCAUAAAGAUCGUAUUUUGACUGGACCUGCGCAUAUGGUGCAAGAAUCAAUGAGCACUUGAUGUGGAUGCAAUCGGCGAGGAAUAGGAGGAACACAAACCUCCUUUGCAGGGCAGCUGAGGCAUGGAUUCAGGUCCAGUUCCAAUGGGUACUCCACAAAAUCGUCGAUCUUGUUGGAGUAGCUCCCAUCAUUCUUGAACCUCUUGAGAUGGAGAGCGAGAACUUGCGGUGCUUGGUCUAGCUUAAGCUGUUUCUCCAUGGACACCUGAGCCUUGCAGCCGUCACAGGUGAAUCUGACUUCAGGAUCAUCAAUUCUCUCCAACUUGGUGAAAGAUUCCAGAGCGUCUCCGACACUGCGCACGUUUUCGAUCUCCAAGCUGAGAUCGAGCAGUGGCUCAAAUGUGUCCGAACAGUGACCGCAACUGCAACACCGCAGCUGAGACAAUGAAAACACAUCACAUUCAUACGAUGAAGAAGAAGAACCAAGAAACGCAACUCUGCUUCAACAGGGGAUCGUAGAAUUUACCUGGCUCCUAAGACGGCCGCCAAACACCUGCUUAACAAUGCUGUCUUCCUCCAACGAAGCCGGACGAUCAUCGGCGGUGCGUCCGAGACAGCGAGCAUGCAUGUUAUCCAGAAAGGAGUGGAGAAACUCAUGUGCAUCUUCUUGCUGGCCCAACCGGAAAUGAGGUGAUAUUUCUGGUGUU